UCAAAGCCAAAUGUAUAUGUAAUAUUUCAUAACAAUAAACAAAGAUCCAAACAGAUGGUCUUACGAAACGAACCAUACAAAAUGAUAUCUUAAAACUUGUAUCAAAAUCAUAAAUAAACAUGUACAUAACAUAAAAUGGUCAAAAGUUUUGUAAACAAUGGCAUUCUUAAAAAGCACAUAUUCAAACUCUGAAGAGAAUAAGUUUAAAUUUGAACAUACAAGUAGUUUUAAUAAGUAUUUCAUCUGCCAUUAUUGUGAAAGGAAAUUUUUAACGAAACAAAUUAUCGAGAAGCAUGUACUAACUUGCCUAAGUGCAAGGACUUGCGAGUGGUGCAAUAUAGUUUUUAAAAAUCGUGGUAAUCUCGUUACACAUGCGUACUACAUCCACAACGAUAAAAGUCUGAAAACAAAACAGCUACCGUCCAACACCUGUAGUGCCUGUGAGAAGUCAUUUGCUAACAAGGGAGGGCUGAAGUACCACAUAAGACGAUCACACUUCAAUCUAGUAACGAAAAUACCAUCAUACAGUAAAAAGCAAAUCAAUCAAGUUUGGUUUGAAAAGGUUCUAAACACAGACAGUAUUGUAGAAAUUAAGAAAUCAGGUAAUAAUGUACUUUUAAUAAGAAAAUACACUGAUAACAAGCAAGUAAGGGUACAAGAAUGCAAGGUCCUUUUGGAUUUAUCAACGUUAUAUCCAACGGGUAACCGUGUUACAACGACAGAGUGUGAAAUAUGUAAAAUGGUGAUAUUAGAUAGGGACUUCAAGAAGCAUUACGAUGAAAAACACAGCGAAGUAAAGAAACAUCACUGUAAUAAUUGUAAUAUGACAUUUAAACGGUCGUACUUCUUCGUACGUCACACAUGUAAUAAAAAGAAACGGAAACGAAAUAAACUACAAUGUAAGAUUAGUAAAAUUGAGAGCUUAACACCCAUACAGGUCGACAGGCCCGAGUGUAACUAUAGCCAAAACCGCUAGCAGGAUUUGAGAUAAAUAAAUAGUUUUGACCUUGAAGUGACGUGCCGUCAAGCAGUCUGAGGUGUUCAUUGUGGAUUCGACGAAGUUGUUUCGGAACUUUGGAAGGACUAGUAAAGUGGAUAUAAGUAGUUAUUGUUACAGAGUUGAAGAUUGAAGAUAAAUUAAUAAAGAAUGGUUAGUGGUGCAUAAUAUAGCUGAGCUAUUAGCAAAUCGUAUGGAAUUUGUAGGGUUUGUUUAGCUUUACUUCUCCUGUUUGAAUAUAUUUCAUGAUAAGAUAUGAUAAUAUCUCAAAUUGCCUUCAUUGUGUUUUACAAUUAUACUAGUUUUUAGUCACAAUUUUAUUAGUAUGGAAUUAAUACUUCCUGAUGUUUCUUGAGUUGAAAUUAUGGGACAUUGUUUUUAAUUUAUAAAUAAAUAAUUACAAGUAAUGAAAGAGGGACUAGAUGAUAAGUAAUGAUUGUUUUAAGUUUAAAUCUGGGCUAUUACAACCACACCACAAUUUUACUUGAAAUGUGCUUGGCACUACUACCACCACACCAUCAUUUUACUUGGAAUGAUUUUGAAAUACUUCUCAAAGGCAGUGGAGUCCUAAGUCCAGCUGUGAGAUGUCUUAUAUUGGGGCCUUUAUAGUUCAGAAGUGUUAAUAUAAUGAGAGUAUACUAUAGAUUUGUCAUUUUGCUAGGUCUGAAGGUAUUUUUUUGGUUCACAAUUUUAAAUUUGGAAUUUAAUGUUUUGGUAUGGCGAUUUGUUUUCUUGUUCUCUUGUUUAUUUUUUGGAGCUUUGCUUAUGUACAAUUAAACUAAUCCAUUCACUGAUGGCUUAUUUCUUGUGCCUUUUAGAACAAAACAUAGUAUUGUUUUUGAUUUUCUUAAGUCACAUUUGAUUUAAAUAUAAAUUGUAUGGGGGGGGGGGGCUUUUCUUGUGAUAUUAUAUGAUGAUCUUUGUGAUAAUAUACCUUUUACGAAGAGAGUUGUAUUGAGAGUUUCUUGAUCUCAUGCUAUCUUGCUCAAUUUUUGGGUUGUCAUUUAUACUAUACUAGUUUUCGCCCGCGGCUUUGUUCGCGUUUUAGGGGUUGGUUGUCAUGUGUUGGGCAAAAAGUAGCCUAUGUCCUUCCUUGGAGUUCAAGCUUGCUUCACACCAAAUUUCAUCAAA